AGAGAGAGAGAGCGGCAAGCGAGCGAGGGAGGGAGCGAGUCCGAGCGACCAGGCAGAGUCAGUGUUGAGAGAAAGGCAGUGGAAUUGAGACGCGCGCACGCUCUCCUCCAGUUAUUUUGGAUUAAAUCUCGGAAAAGAAGGCGCCAGUCACAAAAGCAGCCAUGGGGGUUUGUUGCUACACCUUCCUCAAAUAUAUAUCCGUCUUCUGGAACCUUCUCUUCAUGGUGAUGGGUGGUGCGUGGCUGGGCCUGGUGCUGUGGGUGUACCUGAGUGUGACAGACAUCACUGUGCUCACCAAUGAUGUGCAGGGCUACAAGUCAGUACUCUACUUCCUCAUGGUGGUGGGGGCUAUUGUCUUCAUCCUGGGCUUCCUGGGCUGCUGCGGGGCCUGCCAGGAGUCACAGUGUAUGCUGGGAACGUUCUUUGCGCUGGUUCUGGUUCUGUUCUCCGGCCAAAUUGCCAUCGGUGUUUGGGCACACGCUAACAAGGACAAGUUUACAAGGGUGUUCACCGACGCUGUCACCGACACCAUCAAGACAGACUAUGGCGGUGUUGAGAUCAAGACCAAUGCUUUCAACACCAUCCAGAAGAACUUGAAGUGCUGCGGUUCCAAUGGUCCUGAUGACUGGGACGGGAGCAACUUCAACAACGCAGAUGCCGGCCACACUGAGAUAGGAGUGAUAUCCAAGCCAGGGUUCUACAAUGUGCCUGAGUCCUGCUGUGUGGCGCCCCAUGUGACACCAAGAUAAACAGGGAUAGUUCUGCCAACCCUGCCAUCAUUUUUGAAGAGGGCUGCUCGGAGAAGAUCCUAAACGUGGUACAAUCAUACAGCAAUGAGAUCUUGUACUGUCUGUUGGCCAUCCUUCUCAUCCAAGUCCUGGCUAUGAUCCUUUCAAUGGUCCUCUGUUGCACUGUGAGGCGUAUUGACCAUGUGAAAGCCUAGGGGAAGAACGCAUCUCCAAUUUAUGAUCUAGGGAUGGAGAGUGAUGAGGAGGACUUGAAUGCUUAACUCCCCUUGUCUCUUCUUGUCUCUCCUCCUCUCUCAACCCUCUCCCACUCCUCUAUCUUCCUUGGGAGUCUUCAAAAUGCCCCUGGGUUUAAAUACAGAGGGUUAGGUUAGGUUAAAAUAGGAUGUGUGGUCUCAUGGUGUGUGUUUUUGUGGUGUGUGUUGGCAGUUCUCUUGUCUGUGCUUGUUUGUGUUUGUGGUGGUCUGGUUGUGCUGUAGGGUGUUUUUUCAGGGUUAUUUGGGAUGUUUUGUGGUGUAUUUGUUUGGUUUUCCUGUGUUUGAAGGUCUCUCUAAAGGUUUCCAUGUGGCUAUUUUUAAAGGUUUUGCUGUAUUUUAGAGUAUUUUGAGGUGUUUCUUGUUUCUAGGGAUUUUUUUAGGGUUAUUUAGGGUGGGUUUGUAUUUUUUGGGGGUCUUUUUAAAGGUUUUAGGGUUAUUUGAGGUGUUUCUUAUGUUGUAGAGGUGUCUGUAAGGGUUUUCAUGCACCAGUGAUAAUUUCCAAUAGGUUUCAUGUUUGUAGUGAUAGUUUUCAGUGCUUUUUCAUGACGCCAGUGAUCAUUUUCAAGGAUUUCUCAUGAUUCCAGCGAUAGAUUUCAAGCCUCUCACAAUUCCAUCAGCAGCAGUCUGUAACACCACCAACACACCAGAGAAACACCCUUUUGAGAACCACCACACACCACCACAGGGGCCAGAACACCACAGACAAGAGAACUAAGAGAGAGAGAAUACACCGAAAUGCAAUGGAUGUCACUAAAACCAUCCGAAAAUGUUGUCUGUCUGUUUGUAUGGCUGUGGAGGUAUGUGGAGGGGCUGUGGCCAUACCUGAAUCACAAUAACACCCAUAAAUGCUGCUUGCUGUGUCCCCGCAGGUCCCCAACACAGCAGACCUCCCCAGCUUUACGCCAAUUUAUUUAUUUAACCAAGUCACCCCUGAACUAUAGCUUAGGUGUGUGUGUGUACGUUUAUGUGUGUUUGUGUAUGUUUGCACUCUCUACCUAUAGUGUUUUCAUAUGCGUGUGUGUGUAUGUGUGUGUGUGUUUGUUGUCCUAGAGUGAGAGAUGGAGCGUGUGUUGUGUGGUGUGUGCCAGCCAGGGAGGUGAUAGAAACAACAGGUUUUUUAGAAGUAGGUGAGAUAUAAAGAGUAUUUUUAUAUCACGGCACCAUUGCAGGAGUCACGGCGCCUCGCUGUUCCUCGGACCACUGAAGGGAAGGCUCAGAUUCGUGUUUAUUAUUGAGGAAGGACAGAAAUCAUGCUGGGAAGGUGUUGGUAAAAUAGAUUAAAUGUUUUUUUUUUUUUUUCUUUAUUGGGAAUGUACAGAAAUUAGCCUGGAAAAGUGGGAAAGUGUUGAAAAAUUAGAUUAAAUAGGGUUUCUUAGUAGGCAAAAUACUAAAAUCAGCACAGGAAUGUGUUGGAAAAGUGUUCAAAGUGUUGUCAGGAAAGUAGACUAAACAUUUAUUAUUGGGGAAAAUACAGAAAUUAUUCUAGUAUGUGUUCAGAUUUCCGUCAGGAAAGCAGAUUCAACAUUUAUUAUUGGGAAAAAUACAGAAUUCAGUGUGGAAAAGUGGAAAAAGUGAUGGGAAAGUAGAUUUGACAUAUCUUUUAUGAGAAAAAUUUAAAAAAUGAAGGAAGGUGGAAAAGUACAAAGAUUCAUUUCAGGUAAAUAUAUUGAACAUUUUUAUUAUUGGGAAAAUACAGAAAUGAGCCUGUGAAAAGUAUGAAGAUUUUAGGAAAGUAGAUGAAACGACGAUUAGAUGAAAUAAUGAUAACUUUUGAUAAAUGUUUGUAUGAAGUAUUUUGAAACGCACAAAAGGAAUGCAUGAAGAGUAUUGGAAACAUUUGACACUCACUUUGUUGUAUUAGUCACUUUUGAAACACAAACAUCACCAAACCAGUGUUGUGAAGAGGAAAAUAUUUGAGGGCUCUUAUAUUUUGAAAUGUACAAAGAAAGCAAAGACUAUUUAUUGAAAGUAUUUGACGGAUUAUUUUGUAAGUCGUCCAUUUUGAAACGGUCGCAGGAAAUGACGUAUUUAGAGUAAUGUAAGGAAAUAAUUGAUGCUUUUUUGUACUAUAUAUUUUGAAAUGCACAAAGAAUAAUGAAAAAGGAAGAGUAUUAGGAUUAUUUGAUGGUCCUUUUGUAUAUUGUUCAAUUUGAAACUCACAGAAAAAUGUAUUUAGAGUAAUGUAAAGAAAUAUUUUAUGCUUUUUUGUACUAUACAUUUUGAAAUGCACAAAAGAUAAUGAAAAAAGAAAGUAUAUUAGAACUAUUUAAUGGUUCUUUUGUAUAUCGGUCAUUUUGAAACAGUCGCAGGAAAAAAAGUAUUUAGAAUAAUGUUAAGAAAUGUAUGAUGCUUUUUGCACAAUAUAUCUUGAAAUGCACUAAGAAUAAUGAAAAAGGAAGAGUAUUAGAAUUAUUUGAUGGCUCUUUUGUAUAUCGCUCAUUUUGAAACUCUUUGGAAAAGGAAAAGUAGACUAAAGAAAUAUUUCAUGCUUUUAGUACAAAGAGUUUGAAAUGCACUAAGAAUAAUGAAAAACAGCAAGAGUAUUGAAAUUAUUUGAUGGUUCUUUUGUAUAUCGCUCAUUUUGAAAUAAGCUGUAAAAAAAAACUAAUGUAAAAAAUAUAAUUGAUGCUUUUAGUAUGAAUAUUUUUGAAUGCACAAAGAAUAAUGAAAAACCAGGAAGAGUAUUCAAAUUAUUUGAUGGUUCUUUUCUCCAUCGCUGAUUUUGAAACUCAGAGAAAAAAGGUAUAAAGAAAAUUUUAGAUGCAUUUUUGUAAGAUUUAUUUUGAAAUAGACACAUAAAGAAGUAGAAAAGAAAAUAUUUGAUGCUUGUCGUGUGUAAUGUAUCCUGAAAUGCACAAAAAAAGAAAGAAUUAGGAGUAUGAGAGAAAAUAUUUGAUAGUUUUUUUUGUUUUUAUUCUGAAAUGCACAAAAAAGAAAGAAUUAGAAGGAAGGAAGUAAAUAGUUGAUGUGUCUUGUGUUUGAUCUAUUCUGAAAUGCACAAAAAACAAACAAUUAGAAAUGUGAGACAAUAUAUAUAUAUAUUUUUUUUUUUUCUGAAAUGCACAAAAUUAAACAAGAAUCAGAAGUAAGGAAGUAAAUAUUUGAUAGGUUUUUUUUUUUUGUGUGUUUUAUUUUGGAAUGCACAAAAAAUAGUCAUAAGUGUGGAGGUAAAUAAUUGAAGCUUCCUGUAAUGGUGUUGAUGUUUGUGUCAUCUUGGAAUCACCACAAGAUGACAAAACCAAAUGAACCGAGGGAAGCAACAAGGAACGUGUGUGGAAAAUAAUGAUCAAAGGAAGAUAUUUUGAUACUUUGACAGUUUUACGACUUACACAACUCAACAAAGAGCACAAAAUACAAAAAAGUAAAAAAAAAAAAAAAAUUCCUUUGAAAAAAAUUAUUGUACGUACCUGAAAAAUAAAACAAACAAACAAACACUUAGCAAAAUAGAAAACCACAAAGAGCUAUUUUAUUUACUUAUUUAUUUAUUUUUUUUAUUAUUUUAUUUUUGAGAAUAAAUAAUUUUUUAUUUAUUUUUUUUUUUUAUUUCUUUAUUUAUUUAUUUUUUUUUUCAAACUAUCAAAAUACACCUGCAUUUUUACCAGCAAAUUUUGAAAAACUGAGGAACAGGAAGAGGAAAGAGAAUUAAUUAUAUUUUGAUUAUAAGUGAAAAAAAAAGGAAAGAUCUGAGCGUGUGAGUGUGUGUGUGUGCAUGUGUGUGUGUGUGUGUGCGUGUGUGUGUGUGGGUGUCUGUGUGUGUUGCUACUUUCUAUGUAUGUAUAAGUAAACAAAAGCCCUUUCAAUGUAAAUAAUGCAUUAUUGCCUCUUGUAUUAGGAACCAUAGUGGAAUUAAGGUUGUUUUUUUGUCCCUGUACACACAAACACACACACAGAAUCUUCUAAACAAACCUACACAUAUGCAAACCUUCCUUGAAACACCUACACUUUAUAAAUACACCCUAAAACACUCACAAACCUGCAGUGUACACCUUCCCACACCUCAAAACACACCUUUAUAUCAUUAUAUAUCAUUAUGAACCUUUACAAACUUUUACUAUUUCCCACAAUGCACCAAUAUAUUAUUAUCUACCUUUCCAAAGCAACCUAUACACACCCACAAUGCAACACUGCAUCUUUCUGUCUUCUCAAACCUUUCCAAACUUGUACAGCAUCACACAAUGCACCUUUAUCUGCCUUUACAAACCUCCCAAAACCUGUAAACACACCCACAAUGCAACACUACAUCUUUUCUCUGCCAUUACAAGCCUGCAAAUCUCCCGUCCCUACACCUACACCUUCCCCACACACCUGUCCUUGUCUUGUUUUCACGCCUGCGGUUACCUGUGUGUGUCUGUUCACCUGAGUUAAUUAAUGUGCCAAUAUUGUUUUUUUUUUUUUUUCAAUAUGGUGUGUUUAAUUUAUUUUGUAUUUGAUGUUUGUCUCUUGUUAUGAUGGAUUUGGAAGUGUUUUGGGGUAUUUAUUUAUUUUAUUUAUUUAUUUUAUAUAUUUUUGUAUCUAUGUUGGUAUUGUGGAUAAUUUGUCACAAUUCGGAGGAAUUUGAAUUAUUAUUAUUGUUGUUUUUAUUGUUAUUAUUUAUUUUAUUUAUUUUUUUUAUUAUUUAUUUUAUUUAUUUUUUAUUUAUUUAUAUUUAUUUUGUUUAUUUGUUUAUUUUUUUUUAUGUUGGUGUUGUGGAAAAUUAGCCACACUUUGGAGGAAAUUUAAUUACCAUAAGUCAUUUAUUUAUCAACAAUGUUAUUAUUUUCCUUUCCCCCUACCCUUGCAUUAUAAAGCAUAUAUGUUAUUUGAGUGAAUUAUUAUUAUUAUUAUUAUUAUUAUUAUUAUUAUUAUUAUUAUUAUUAUUAUUAUUAUUAUCAUCAUCAUCAUUAUUAGAGUAUGCAUGUGUUCCCCUAUGAUAUUCCUCACUUGACUAGCAAAAUGUCAUGUUAUUGAGGUAAGACAUUUAUUAUUAUUGUUUUUUAUUGGUGUUUUUAAUGUCACAAAGAACUUUUUUUUUUCCUACUUCAAUGUCCAAAGCCAAUUAUUCUGAGUCACCCGGAAAAUAUGUCACAGAGGGAAAGAAUUACUAAUUAUAAGUAUGUCCAGUGUCUUUUAUCUCAUAAUUCUUGGAAAAUAUGUCACACAGAGAUAAUUCAUGUUAUUAGUCUUAUCAUGAAUCAUUUCUUCUUUUGAAAAUAUGUCACAGAGGGAAAGAAUUUUAUUAGUUUUCUCAUGAGUCAUUUCCUCCGACUCCUGAAAAAUGUGUCACAGAGGGAAGAAUUGUCAUUAGUUUUAUUGUGCAUCUUUUUUUUUUUUUUUUUUUUUUUUUGCCUGCAAAAUAAGUCACAGAGGGAAAAAAUUCAUGUCCUUACUUUUAGUGUGAAUCAUGUGUUCCGAGUCUCCUGGAAAAUGUCGCGUGUGGCAGGAACAAAUGUUUUUUUUUAAUGGUAGAUACAUGAUGGUGUAUGACAAACGUACGUACAGGAAAACAAAGAAAGGUUAAAAUGAUUACUCACUAUUUCUGUGGUAGGACUUAAGUGGUAUUUUAAGAGUAAUGUUUCUGUAUUUUUCUCUUUAUAUAUUGUAAAGUUAGUACAGAAAUUAUUGUAUAUUUAAGAUCAUUUUAAGAAACAUGUGUGUGUGUGUGUGUGUGUGUGUGUGUGUGUGUGUGUGUGUUGGAAGCUGGGACAAUACUUAGAUUUAUAUACAUGCAUACAUUAUACAUAUAUAUAUACUAGACUAUACAUUCAUAACGCUCUCUUUUUUUGUAGAUGUUAAUGAUUUUUUUUUUUUUUUUUUUUUUUUUUCAAUUCAGAUUUACGUUUUAUUUGUUUUGUUUUUAAUUUUAUUUAUUUAUCAAUUAUUUUUAAUUUAUUUUUUUUCUUUUAUUCAAUUGAAGACAGCAAUGGUUUAAAUAUGAGAUAGAGAAGCCUUUCUUUCUUUAAUCUCACUUUGGUUUGUCAAAGAUAAAGAUAGAGACAGUAUCUUUCAUUUCCCUGAUAGAGAGAGUGAGAGAGAAAGAAGAUAAAUAAAGGUUACAAUUUGCUGUUAUCAUAUUAUUAAGAAUUAAAGUUUAGAGAAAGUUAAAA